CGACACCUAUUAGUCUACCCAGCUUCACAAGUUACAUGAAGUCUGUAUCAGCCCACAUCCCCUGCCUCUCCAGCAUCCUCCACGGCCACCAGAACACCCCUCAACCUUCCCUCUCAGAUCAUAAACCUGAAGCAUAUCCACUAGCCAAUCCUCCCUGCAUACACAAACCUCACUACCCUACCACCCUACCUACCACCUAGCACAGCCAUCUAACCACACUCAGAGACCCAGACACUUAACCCUCUUCAAUCAUCCCUAAACACCCACUCCGGCCACCUCCCUCCCUCAUU